CUUAUCGCUUUGUGAGAUUUUUAUUUAAAGUUUUGGCAAAUGCGUUUUAUGCGAUUGAAGUAGAGGGAUUAGAAUAUAUCCCUCCAGAUGGAUGUUCGACUAUUCUCUGCCCAAAUCAUGCAAAUUCCUUGACAGAUCCUAUUUGUCUUUUGGCCGCUAUACCAAAAGAUAAGCGAGAUAUGGCUUUGACUCGCAAUAAAGACCGUCCAAACUUUUCAAUUAAUCUAUUGACAGUUUCAUUAAUAUACAUUCGUCGCGAAAAAUUUCGGUCGAACGUUUUGGUUAAAUUCAAUCCACCGAUCGUGCUUACUCCACAACAUCAAUCCCUCCUGAAAACUGUUACUUCAGAUGGCAAAAAGCGUUCUAGUGAACAAGCCAUAAAUGAAUUGACAUCUGUCAUGGAGGAAACGGUUCGUUCAAACACUCUUGAUUCACCUGACUGGCAAACUUUAAGGAUAG